AAUUCCAUUAAAUCAAAUAAUCAAAUAUCUCUCUCUCUCUAAAAACAAUGUCUGGACGUGGUAAGGGAGGCAAGGGUUUAGGUAAAGGAGGAGCAAAACGUCAUCGCAAAGUUCUUCGCGAUAACAUCCAAGGAAUUACAAAACCUGCGAUUCGACGACUUGCUCGAAGAGGAGGUGUGAAGAGGAUUAGCGGUCUGAUCUAUGAAGAAACUCGCGGCGUGUUGAAGAUCUUUCUCGAGAAUGUGAUUCGUGAUGCUGUUACUUAUACUGAACACGCUCGCCGGAAAACUGUGACGGCGAUGGAUGUUGUUUAUGCUCUUAAGAGACAGGGAAGAACUCUUUAUGGAUUUGGAGGUUGAUGAAGAAGCAAUUGAUGAUGUCUUAUUUAGGGUUUUAAGCUUUCUAAUGUUGGCGUUUUACUGUGAAAAUUUAUCAUCUGGAUUUUGGAAUUUGCUGUAUAAUUAUUAUCAGCCAUUAUGUUUAACGAUCUGAAUGAAUUAGUUUAUAUAAAUUUGAUCAUUUUCAAAAAAUCCUGUCAGUUUAUAUUGA